CGGACUUUUUUUUUACAGCAGCAGCAGUUUCUUAUAAGAAGUUCUAGAGAAUCAAACGAUCAGGACAAAUAGCAAGAUCGUCUAACAAAAUCCAAAAUGGAGCUUGUAAAGAAACUUGGCAUCGGCGGUGGUGUACUUUUUUUUUUAGGCAUUACCUUCGGUUGGAUGGGUUUUCCUGCUCUUCUCAAAUCGCAAAUUAAAAAGGCAAUAGCUCUAAAAAAGAAUUCCGAAAUGAGAGAAAUGUGGUCGCAGUUUCCAUUACCACUCGAUUUCAAAAUUUAUCUUUUUAAUGUAACGAAUCCAAAGGAGAUUGCACAAGGAGAGAAGCCUAUUGUUAAAGAAGUGGGACCAUUUUUUUACGACGAGUACAAAGAAAAAGUUGAUCUUGUGGAUAGAGAAGAGGAUGACUCGCUCGAGUAUAGUCUUAAAGCUACUUGGUUCUUCAAUCCUUCGAGGAGUAAUGGUUUAACGGGCGAAGAGGAACUCGUGCUUCCGCAUCUUUUAAUUUUGGCAAUGGUGGUAACCACCAUGAGAGAAAAACCUGCUGCUAUUGGAAUUCUCAAUAAAGCGGUUGAUAGCAUCUUUAAAAAACCCGAUUCGGUCUUUGUAAAAGUGAAAGCUAGAGAAAUACUUUUCGAUGGUUUACCCGUGGACUGUUCAGUGAAAGAUUUCGCGGGCUCGGCUGUCUGUAGUAUUUUGAAAUCGGAAGGCAAAGACUUAAUGAACGAUGGAAAUGAUCAUUAUAGAUUUGCUAUAUUUGGUGCAAAAAAUGGAACGGUCAUGCCUGAAAGAUUGCGCGUAUUACGUGGUAUUAAAAAUUAUAAAGAUGUUGGCCGCGUAUUAGAAUUUGAUAACAAACCAGCAUUGACCAUCUGGACCGAAGAUCACUGUAAUGAGUUCAAUGGUACCGAUUCGACCAUUUUUCCACCUCUUAUGACAAAGGAAGACGACAUCGUUUCCUUCUCCCCAGAUAUUUGUCGUAGUUUGGGUGCUCGUUUCUCGCACGAGACUAAAGUUAAAGGUGUCAAUACUUUUCAUUACACUGCGGAUCUUGGAGACAUGAGCACGAAUCCUCGCGAAAAAUGCUUUUGUCCUGCACCAGAUAAUUGUCUAUCGAAGAACUUAUUCGAUUUAACAAAGUGCGUGGGUGCACCAUUAAUUGCAUCUUUACCGCACUUUUACUUAGCCGAUGAAAAAUAUAUUCGGGAAGUGGACGGAUUACAUCCAAAUCAGGAGCUACACGACAUUAGUAUGGAUUUUGAACCAAUGACGGCUACACCCAUAAGUGCUCAUAAGAGAUUACAAUUUAACAUACAAUUGAAACCUGUUGAAAAAUUCAAACUAAUGAAAAACUUUCCUGAAGUUUUGUUUCCAUUAUUUUGGGUUGAAGAAGGUAUCCUCCUCGAUGAUCAAUUUGUGAAAAAAGUUAAAGUCGUUUUUACAGCAAUCUCUGUUGUGGGAUUUUUGAAAUGGAUGAUGGUUCUUGGAGGAAUUGGUUUGGGUGGAACAGCGGCUGGUAUGCAUUUCAAACGUAAGAACUCUGAAAACAAACUGGAUAUAACUAAAGUAACGCCUCAAAGUGAUAGCAGAAAAGAUAGUAGUAAUAACGAGAAGAAAUGGCAGACAAUGAAUAUCAGCACCAUACAAGCGGCAACUGUUCCAGCGAGUUUGGAUCGAUAUUAAUAUUUAUUUUUCUUAUUUUAAUUCAUUUCUUCGUAAUUUAAACAAAUUAACAGACAAAUUUGAUAAUGCGUUGUCAAGAAUUCCUACAAAUCUUGAAUAAUGUUUCAGUCUGUAUGUAAGAUAAAAGGAAGAGUUCGCGAGUGAAUUCUACGGUAUUAGGUAAAUUAAUUUAGUUCGUAUUAUAAUUAGAACGUACUUAUAGUUAUCAGUAUAUAUUUUCCAACGCGUGAGAUUGAACCACGAAUCUUUGCCUUGGAAAACAUAUUUAUGUAUUAAAUUGUACAUAUUUUCUUCUUAUAUAUUUAACAAUUGAAAAUUCUAUUAAAAUAC